AAUUUCAAAAGAUUUAAUACUUUAUCUUAAGUUCUUACUAUAUUAUUAUUAUUAUUAUAAUUAUAAUUUUUUUUUUUCAAUUUAACUCGCUAUUAUCUUGAAUAAUAAUACAAUAUACCUCUAAUAUAAUAUAAUAUUUAAUAUAAUAAUUUGAAAAAAAAUGGCUGAAGGUGUCUUUCCAGGUGCUAUUGGUAUCGAUUUAGGUACCACCUAUUCUUGUGUUGCUACUUACGACUCAGCUGUCGAAAUUAUAGCUAACGAACAAGGUAAUCGUGUUACUCCAUCUUUUGUUGCUUUCACCUCUGAAGAACGUUUAAUUGGUGAUGCCGCCAAAAAUCAAGCUGCUUUAAAUCCUGCCAAUACCAUUUUUGAUGCUAAACGUUUAAUCGGUCGUCGUUUUGAUGAACCUUCUGUUCAAAAAGAUAUUAAAACAUGGCCCUUCAAAAUUAUUGACAGCAACGGCUCUCCUCUAGUUCAAGUUGAAUACUUGGGUGAAACUAAAACUUUCUCUCCACAGGAAAUUUCCUCCAUGGUUUUGACAAAAAUGAAAGAAAUUGCUGAAGCUAAAAUCGGUAAAAAAGUUGAAAAGGCUGUCAUCACUGUCCCAGCUUACUUCAACGACGCUCAACGUCAAGCUACCAAAGAUGCUGGUGCCAUUUCCGGCUUAAACGUUUUGCGUAUUAUCAAUGAACCAACCGCUGCUGCCAUUGCUUACGGUUUAGGUGCCGGUAAAUCUGAAAAGGAAAGACAUGUCUUGAUUUUCGAUUUGGGUGGUGGUACCUUUGAUGUCUCCUUAUUGCAAAUCGCUGGUGGUGUUUUCACUGUCAAGGCUACUGCCGGUGAUACUCAUUUAGGUGGUCAAGAUUUUGACACAAACUUACUUGAUUACUUUCAAAAGGACUUCAAGAAGAAAACUGGCUUGGAUAUCUCCAAGGAUUCAAGAGCUUUACGUCGUUUAAGAACUGCUUGUGAACGUGCUAAACGUACUUUAUCUUCUGUUGCUCAAACUACUGUUGAAGUCGACUCCUUAUUCGACGGUGAAGAUUUCUCUGCUAACAUCACUCGUGCUAGAUUUGAAGAUAUUAACUCUGUCUUAUUCAAAUCUACCAUCGAUCCAGUUUCUCAAGUUUUGAAAGAUGCUAAAGUCCAAAAAUCUGAAGUUGAUGAAAUUGUCUUGGUUGGUGGUUCCACUCGUAUUCCAAAAGUCCAAAAAUUGUUAUCCGAUUUCUUUGAUGGUAAACAAUUGGAAAAAUCUAUUAACCCUGAUGAAGCUGUUGCCUAUGGUGCUGCUGUUCAAGGUGCUAUCUUAACCGGUCAAUCCACCUCCGAAGAAACCAAAGAUUUAUUAUUGUUGGAUGUUUGUCCAUUAUCUUUAGGUGUUGCCAUGGAAGGUAACAUUUUUGCUCCAGUUGUUCCAAGAAACACCACUGUACCAACCAUCAAACGUAGAACUUUCACCACCGUUGCUGACCACCAGACUACUGUUCAAUUCCCAGUCUACCAAGGUGAACGUGUUAACUGUGCUGAAAACACCUUGUUAGGUGAAUUCGACUUGAAAAACAUCCCACCAUUACCAGCUGGAGAACCAGUCUUAGAAGCUAUUUUUGAAGUUGAUGCUAACGGUAUCUUAAAAGUUACUGCUGUUGAAAAAUCAACCGGUAGAUCUGCUAACAUUACAAUUUCUAAUGCUGUUGGAAGAUUAUCAAGUGAUGAUAUCGAAAAGAUGAUUAACGAUGCUGAAAAAUUCAAAUCAUCCGAUGAAACCUUUGCCAAACGUCACGAAGCCAAACAAAGAUUAGAAUCUUAUGUUGCCUCAAUUGAAACCACCAUCACUGACCCAGUCUUGUCCUCUAAAAUGAAACGUGGUGCUAAGAACAGAGUUGAAUCUGCCUUGUCUGACGCCCUAGCUGCUUUAGAAUUAGAAGACUCUUCUGCUGAUGAUUUACGUAGGGCUGAGUUAAGUCUUAAACGUGUUGUUACUAAAGCUAUGUCUUCCCGUUAAGUUUAAAGUCUGGACCUUUUUUUUUAUUGUUUAAUCCAAUUGCAAGAAAUUUUUAAUUGUUUAUAAUUUAUGAAUCUUAUUUACUUGAGUUACUAUUCGGGUUAAAUGCCAAAAAUAAAAUCGGUUUUUAAUUUUUUUU